ACCUAAUGGUUACCCUGUUUUAUUAGAGUCGCAACGUUCUCCAGAGAGAUUAUUAAAAUGAAACACUUUAAUAUCUCUUUAAUUUAGAGAUAUGCCCCUGCAUUGGUGCUUGUGUUUGUUUUAAAUAAACAAAGUUUUUUUUUCAAAUCCACACUUGCGUUUCCAAACCGUUUAACAAAAUAUUAUCAUAAACACUUUCUAUAUACAGCCAUGUGCCCUGUGCUCCAUAUCCAACUGUUUUUAGUAGGGGUGAAACGGUUCAAAUUACUCACGGUUUGGUUUGUGUCACGGUUUCGGUUCGGUUUGUGUUAUGUUCAGGGAAAGGGGACUACUGACAAUUAAAAAUAAGAACAAAUAAUCAACCUACACGUAACAGCACCAAUAAAACAACAGAGCAAAGCAGAAAAUAAAAUAAGAUACUGUAUAUAUACCUUUUAAGGUAGAAAUGGAUUGAAGUAAUCAAAUAAAACAUAACAUUGCAUAUGUACAAAUUAAAUAAAGAUGAAUCUUAAUUUAAGUUACAGAAGCUAUUGAGUCACAAGCAGUGAGUGAUUUCCUUGACUUUUAACAGACAGUAGGAAUAUGCUGCUGUUGCUUUAAGAGGAAUGAAACCAAUCCAGUACACUGAUACUGUACACAUGCGUUGUUUUUCGUCUGUUUCGUCCGUUCACUUAAGACAUAACCUACUAUAUUUGUUAAGAUACUCGACAAGAGGGGCAUGUUGACCUACUUCUUGUGUGAAUUUGUCCGUUUAAUCGCUUCAAAGACAACUCAGUAUUUGCGCCAUGUCUGUGUAGUUUAAACAGCAACAUGUGCUGUUCAGGUGUCACCUGCACUCGCGCGCUCACAACACCCGGGUGAUGAAAGCAUAAAUAACUGUACAGCAGUGGUUCUCAAACUGGGGGGCCUCAAGAUGGAUCCAGGGGGCCACAGAUUUUGUGGCAUUUUAUGAAAUAUAGAAAUUUAUCAUAGAUUUUAUGCAAUCAAACAUCAGAAAAAUGACACCAUCAACCAAACGAAUUGAGGUUCCAGCAUUGUAUAACUGAAUGUUUUUGGUUUAAUUAAAAUUCUAAGUUUAAGAUUAUACGUCUUUAUAUGGGGGGCCGCAAAGCGAUGCACUUAACACAAAGGGGGCCUUACAACGAAAAAGUUUGAGAACCACUGCUGUACAGCAUACGUCAAUCCUAUUGAAAUUUGUCUACGUUAUUUGAUUUGUUGUAGGUAUUAAAUGUGUAUCCAUCGACAAACAUACAUUAGCUGAACUUUGUCUGUUUUAAUUUUUAACGAACCACAUUAUAAAUGCGUUGUCAGAUUUAAGAUGAGGACCGCGUGCCGAACUGUUGGUGGAGAAUCGUGCGCUUCAAUUUUUGACCGAGAACCGUUACACCACUAGUUUUUAGGUAUUUCUCCAAAAAUAGAGCCCUUUGCCAUUAUUAGCAACAGGAUACUGAAACAUGCUGAGGUGUAUGAACAGCAUGUGGAUGCUGAAAAAUAAACUUCAUUAAAUACGUUUUAAUAUUGACAGAGAUAUUAAAUGACAGUUCAAGAAAUUCCUUUAAUGGUCAACUACAGACAUAAUUUUCCCGAGGUAAAUUAGUUUCAAGAGAUAUGAGGCCUUUAUAAGUCAUCCCAAAGGCACUGACGUUUGUUUGUGAAAUUCUACAGGGAUUUAUGACUGUCCAGUCUGUUUUCACUUGUUUUUCAGACAAGAUGGAAGUUUCUGUCGCCGUUGUGCUUUUGUCCUACUUCGCUCCAGCUCUGGCUUCCCCAGUGGAUGAAACUAACGAGUACGACAAGCCAUUUCAUUAUGGUCGGAAGUGCCGCUGCAAUGGGAGUAAGUCAAGACCAGUGGGACUUGAUCCUGAGUCAGCCAGAGGUGGGAAGUGAACAGGGUGGGCAGAAGUCUGGUGGCCUAAAGAGAGUCUCAUCUUUUGGAGCAUUUCUGCUUGGAAGAAGAAAAGGUCAAAUGAGGAUAUAGUCGUACCAUAGUGUUCCCCACAAUUCUUAAUAAUUUUUAAUAAAAACUUUUUGCCGUUUUUAAAAAUGUUUAAAGAAAAAUGUUGAUUCUCAGCUAGGCUUACUGCCAUUGUUUACUACUUCAGCAGAUGAUUCUCUUUGACAGUUUUUGACACAGUUUGUACACAAUUUCAUAUGUUUUCAGCUUUCAACAAAGUUUAUAAAACUCAUAUUACGUGUUCAGUAAAUAUUAGGCAUUUUAUAUGUUUUGUAAACGAUGUACUUCCGGUUUUGUUACUUUGUAGAGUUAACCAAUCACACUGUAAACUGCACUAGAAAUAAACUGAUUUCUAAACUAAUGUCUGUUUAGUGUUAUUAAGUGUCAACAUGAUGUUAACUGCUUUUGCACCUGUCCCAGUCUGUCGCUCAUAUGCUGCUCGUGGCAUUACAGAAAAUAGUUGACACUAAUACAGGCUUUAAAGGGAUAGUUCACCUUAAAAUGAAAAUUCUGCCAUAAUUUACUCACCCUCUUGUCAUUUAAAACCUGUAUGACUUUCUUUCUUAUGCACAACACAAAGAAGAUAUUUUAAAGAAUGUUGGUAAUAAACGGUACCCAUUGACUCCUCCAUUAAUCUACAAUGUAUUUCCCAGCGAAAAGUUAUUGAUUUAUUUUCGGACUGCCUUAAUUGUAUGUACAGAUGUAGGUUUGUUAAGGUAUUCGCGAUUCUCCUCUGGCAGGUCAGUCACACUUGCUGCAUUAGGUGGGGUUCUGCGCAUGCAAGGUUUCGUCGGCAUUGUUCAAUGGGUGGUUUGGCUCAGGAUCCCCACCGCAAUAUCCAGCAAGCUUCAUUUUGCAGACGCUAGGAGCUUCCCGGGGAGGAACGCUGAGACUAGAGUUCACCACUAGAGGGAGCAAGCGAGUGCAGUUUCUAAAGCGCAGCAUCGCCGCAAUCCUCCUCCAGCGUGCUCUCUUCAUCCACGGUGCUGUAUAUUAAACGGAACAACCCCUGCCUGAAUAAUACAGAAAACUGCAGCAAUGGCAGCUCCAACAACAGAGUCUUACGCGUAUUUGGACCAGAGUGCCUUUUACUAUGAUUAUGAGACGUUGAGGACCACGGGUGUCAUCUUGGGUGUGGUUAUGUUCGUGGCUGGGAUUCUCAUUGCUCUGAGUAAAAAGUGCAAAUGCUCAAAAGCAUCCAAAAGUCCAGUGGAAGGCCCUCAGCCACCAAAAACAGAAGUUCCACCUCAGACAGUGUAAAGAAGAUGCAUGUGUGCGAUUGGGUGGCCCGUUUCGGAGAGGAAAUGCUCAGACGCACAAGGUUACUUACAGGAAUGUGGAGGAGAGUAGAACCUACUUGACCUCUUUUUGUAACCUCAGCU